AUGGCAUUUUUUUCCACAGGCAAACCAAAAUCAAAAACAAUCUCAGAAGCUUGCAAGCUGCCAGUACUUCAAGCUGUUGCUGAGCUCUCAACAUCACACGUAGAUGACGAAGAGAAAAAGCUGCAGGCUGCUCUUGAAAUGUCUAUGGAAGGAACUACAGAUAGAGAUAGGGAUGAUGACUUAGAGAGGGCUAUUCAGCUGAGCAUGUCAAGUGAAGCAGAACACAAUGACACUCAAGAGGCAGCACAAACCUGUACUGCUGAUGGAGUCAAGGCUAAAGAGGGUAAUUCAAGUCCCAGUCCAGACCAUCAGGUGCCAGUAGCAGCAGAUGGAGACUUACAAAGAGCAAUUAGACUGGGCAUGGCAAGCGAAGCGGAAGGAAGCCAGUGCAGCCCAGGGACGGAGGAAGACCAGUUGCAGGAAGCUUUGCGCAUGAGCCUAGACCAGCCAAUGAUGGAAAAUGCAGGCCCCAGCGAAGGCAAGCCAGACCUGGAGGAGUUAAGAGAAAAGCGCUUGGCAUUCCUAAACAAGAAAAGCCACUGACCAGCAUAGGAUUUGUGAAUGGUGUAAAGUGAGAGUGUGGUGUACUAAAUACUGCCAUGUCAGUUGCCUUUGAGGAAUUUGAUUCCAAAACCCUUUUUUUUCUCACUCUAUCAUUCCUUAUUUCCUUUUGUUCUCUCUGUCUUUGUGUCCUCAAUAUUUUUUAUGUGAGUUAGGCAGAAAUAGGAGUGUGUUUGUUGCCAUGUGCAUGUGGUUUGUUUGGUUGUUUGUUUGUUGUAUGCAUGUUUCUGUGUGUGUG